AUGCAGGACCACGUCACGGCACUUCGAACGCUCAAGCCUCUGCGCGAGGAGUCCGCUGCUGGUCUGCAGGGCUUGCUCGAUGCCUUAGAAAAGCACCGUGAUCAACUGCGAGUGCUCAAUCAGCCGGUAGAACAUUGUAAUGUGUGGAUGGUCUCUUUUGCCUCGACCGCCAUGGACCCUUCGACUCGGAGAGUCUGGGAAUACGAGCUCGAGAAGUUGGAGGCAGCCAGCUCUGUACAAGGGGAAGCGGCCUCCUUCGCCACUUUGUUCAGCUUUCUGCGGAGGCGUAGCCGCUCACUGACUUCAAUAGAAGCCUCGCGCCCUCCCCGAUCGACGAACGAUCCUGUACGCUCGACCGCCAGUCGCCCUCCCGCGCGGACGCCACUCAGCAGCAACCACCGAUCUUUAGCCACCCACGCAGUCAACGAUGACUGCCCUGCUUGCCACGCACCGCACUACGUAGGUUACUGCAGCCGUUUCCUGGAACUGGACGCGCUUGGGCGAAGGGGUUUUGUCGCUCAGCACAUGCUGUGCUUUAACUGCCUGAAGCCGGGCCAUAUGGCAACUGUCUGCGCUUCCCAAAGCGUAUGCCAAUAUUGCAAGACGCGGCAUCACAGCCUCAUCCAUGAUGGCGGUCACAAGCGCAGGGCCGCGCCCGACCCAGCACCAGCUGAGGCAAAGUAG